GGAAAUACCUUUCCUUCGUCCAGAUUCUCCCGCUGGGGCUGAUCAAAGGGCACCAGGAUCAGAUGAACUUCAGAACAGGCUUCUAGAGCUGUAAGCAGAAGGCACAGGGCCACUUAGAUACAGGAACCGACAGCAACAUGGAUGACCAUUCCCCUCACACCUUUGGGCCUUAUCUUUGUCGUGAAUUUAAACCUGUUCGUAACACAGUUCCCAGGGCAAAAAGGCUGCUGGAUUCCGCAGGGCAGGUUCAGGCCCUGCAGUCAGCUAAGAAAGCUUGUGAAUUGAGUCAUUACUGUAGCACCUCAGAUCCAUCAGGGAAACUGCUGCUCUGUUCCCCAGAUUCUGCCUGCUCUCAAGGAUCCUCUCAUUUUCUAGAUGAUCCUGGCCAUGACGACCUUGUUACCAGUUCUGCAUCAAAAUAUGAUGAUGUAGCCAUUUCUCUAGAUACAACCAGAUGUUUUGAUGAUAGCGAGCCAGAUGACUCCUUGUUGGAACUGUCAGAUAGUGAAGAAGGGAACUCUCCUUUUGAUUACACUGAGGAAGAGAUCCAGGAAAUCUUGGCAGAUGAUUGUGUGGAAUCUGAGCGGUACCUAACUAGAAAAAGCACUCUGAGCCAAAAUGUAAAUGGAGAGAGCGAGAAGAACAAGAGCAGCAGCUGCACUGGGGCAUCAGUCAUCAGCGAAGAGGCAAACAUAACCUCAGAGAUCGCAGAGAAACCAAAUGAACCUCUGGCCAGAGAGUGUUCUUCAGUCGCUUCUGAGUGUUGUCCUAGCCUUUCGAAUGAAAGUGCUGGUUGGGAGGAGAACCAUCUGCAGUCAGCCCAAGUAACUUGCAUGUUGUUUGACCUUGACAUUCAGGAGCUUCUGAGUCUUAGCCCAAUUGAUGCUGUCUGUGUAGAUCAGCCUCUGGAGGACAAUUGUUUGGAAGAAGCUGAAAGAGAAGCUUCAGAAGCAAUCAUAAAUGAUUGCCUAGAGUGUGCUAAAACUGCUAGUAGCUGUGUUCUCAAAGAAACCUCGGAGGGGCUGAUGUCUAAUGGCUGGCAAAGCCUGGGUGUGCAUUGCCUGGGAAAGGCUCCCUUCGCAAGCAGAGAUGUGUCUCACUCCUGUGGUGAUCAUGUGGGAAGAUCCAUGCCCUCUUCUGAUCUUGCCUGUGACCAGAGUACAGCUGAGGAGAGCUCAGCACCUGUGUUGCCAGGGUGUCCUGCACCAUCUUCCGGGUCCAGAAACCAAGAACUUCCCAAAGCAACAAAGAGCUGUUUCUCAAGGAAGUUAGACUCUCCAGAGGAUGGUGGGGGGCAGGAAUCUUCAGAACUUGGACAGCCAUCAAACAGCAUUAAAUUAAGUGGUACAGCUGUAGACCAGAUUGGACAGGAAGAGACAACCAGUGGGAAGAAGCUUGGCAAAGUUAUUUCUGUGCCACAAGAGGAGGAAAGACUGAAUCAAUGGACAUGCAUUUCAGAAGUGGAGCUUGAGCAGAAGACGCAUAUAUAUCCAGACUCUACAUGUCCAUAUAAAGGAAACGGUAGCUGCUACACCAGAAAUUACCCAAGGUCCACCAAGAAACCCACCCAAAAGUACAGCCUUACACAGCGGGUAGCAAGAACUUGGCCAAACACCAUCAUUUCCUGACCACUUCAGCGUAGCCCUGUCACAGCCUUUUCUAAUGUCUGAUUUUGCUGCUGAGGGACUGUGCUGGUUCUUGUUCUGCAUUCAGAGUUGUUCUUCGUUGUUCUGGUUUUGAGUGGUUUGUAUUUUCAUAAGUUGUUUUAUGAUCUGUUUUUAAUAAGGUCGGUGGAAGUUCCUGUGUUUUAGAAACAUUUGGA